AUGACUAAGACAGUCGUAGUCCUCGGCGGCUCAUAUGCUGGCCUUCACAUCGCACAUUAUCUGUUGAAGAACGCCAGUGACAUAAAGGUGGUCCUGGUCUCUAAAAACAGCCACUUCUUCUGGAACCUGGCCACCGUCCGCGCCAUCGUGCCGGGCCAGAUCAAGGAUGAGACGAUCUUCCAGUCGCUCGAGAAGGCGCUGCAGCGGUACCCGGACGAGAGCUACGAGCUGAUCGUCGGGUCCGCCGAGAAGGUCGACUUCGGCGCCAAGACGGUGCUGGUGAGCGCGGCCGCCGGCGGGGAGCGCACCCUGAGCUACGACCACCUGGUGCUGGCCACGGGCUCGCGCAACCCCUCGCCCGACGUGCCCUGGAAGGCGGCCGGCUCGUACGAGGAGGCCGUCAAGACGCUGCACGCCACGGCCGACAAGGUCAAGGCCGCCAAGCACAUCGUCGUGGCCGGCGCAGGCGCCACGGGCGUGGAGGUCGCCGGCGAGCUGGGCUACGAGUAUGGCAAGGGCGACAAGGAGGUUAUCCUGCUGUCGGCUGAGAAGGAGAUCAUGGGCGGGGACAUCGUGGCGCCCGCCGCGCGCAACGAGCUGACCAAGCUGGGCGUCAAGAUCCGCGGCGAGGCCAAGGUUACGGGGACCAAGAAGCUCGAGAACGGCAAGACGGAGAUCAGCCUUGCGAACGGCGAGACCAUCACCACGGACCUGUACCUGCCGACCAUGGGCCUGGUUCCCAACUCGGAGUACAUCGACGCCAAGUACUUGAACGAGAAGAAGAAUGUGGUCGUUGACGAGUUCUUCAACGUCAAGAACACAAAGGAUGUCUGGGCGGCGGGCGAUAUUGUUGGAUCCCCCCGGUGUGGCUUCAUGAUCACUCAGAAACAUGCUGCUGGCGUUGGCAAGAAUAUUGUGGCUGCCCUGAGCGGGAAGCCGCCCGUGGUGGUCAAGGGUCCCCCUAUUGACAUCCUCGCUUGCGCCGUUGGUCGUGGCCGAGGCGCCGGCAGGAUGGGCUCCUUCAAGAUGUUCUCCAUCAUGAUCUGGCUCGCAAAGGGGCGAACUCUGGCGACACAGAUGGUUCCUGGCUACAUCGACGGUAGUGUGGCCUAA